AAGAGGAGAGGAGUCUGAAACGGUGACUAUGAAUGAGGGAGGAGUUAUGACAGAGUGAGAGCGAAUAAAGAGGAGUAUUAGAAAACUAGAGGAGGAAGUAGAGAAUGAGAGAGUGGUGUAGUGUAGAGAGUCUAUGUGGAGUCUGUGUGUGUGUGUGUGCGACAAAGAGAAAGAGAGAGGCUGAGAGGGACAAGCUGCCCUGAGGAAAUAUUAGCUGCUUGUUCGUGUGCCGGAUUUUCACUAGACUGCUACAUCGCUCCCCUGCCCCAGACACGCCCAUGUGGCCGGCAUCAAAACAGAUGUGUCCCUUAUUUUGUCUCUGCCAGUUAGAUGUCAUGGAUGGAUAGCGAGAGGAAGAGAGGGGAAAGAUGUCAUUUUUAGGGCUUGACUGCGUGAAGAAGAAAGAGAGGGAGUUGGAAAGAAAACUCAGAGCGAAUGACAGAGAGUUCAACAUCUCCUUCAAGUAUGCGACCAAUGCCAUCAAGACCUCCAAGUACAGCUGGUUUACCUUUUUGCCUCUCAACCUCUUUGAGCAGUUUCAGAGGAUUGCUAAUGCCUACUUCCUAUUUCUGCUCGUCCUUCAAGUGAUUCCAGACAUCUCCUCUCUCUCGUGGUUCACCACGGUGGUGCCCCUGGUUCUGGUGCUUUCAGUGACGGCAGCUAAAGAUGCCACUGACGAUAUCAAUCGCCACAGGAGUGACAAGCAGGUGAACAACCGCAAGGUCCAAGUUCUCCUGGAUGAAAAACUGAGGAGUGAGAAAUGGAUGGAUGUUCAGGUGGGGGACAUCAUCAAACUGGAAAACAACCAGUUUGUCACGGCAGACCUAUUGCUGCUCUCCAGCAGCGAGCCGCUCAACCUGGUCUACAUCGAAACCGCUGAACUAGACGGCGAGACCAAUCUGAAGGUGAAGCAGGCUCUGACCGUCACAGGGGACAUGGGGGACAGCGUCGAGAGCCUCGCUGCUUUUAACGGUGAGGUGCGUUGUGAGCCGCCCAACAACCGUCUGGACCGUUUCACGGGCACGCUGGUGUACGAAGGGCAGAAAUAUUCUCUGGAUAACGAAAAGAUUCUGCUUCGAGGCUGUACCCUAAGGAACACCGAUUGGUGCUUUGGCCUGGUGCUGUUUGGAGGUCCGGAGACCAAGCUGAUGCAGAACUGCGGCAAGAGCACGUUCAAGAGGACGAGCAUCGACCGCCUCAUGAACGUGCUUGUCCUCUGCAUCUUUGGCUUCCUGGCCUUCAUGUGUACCAUCCUAGCCAUCUGCAACAGCAUCUGGGAGGUCCACCUAGGGUCAGAGUUCACGGUUUACUUGCCCAGACAGGAAGGAGUUAGCUCCGGCUUCUCCGGCUUCCUCACCUUCUGGUCCUACGUCAUCAUCCUAAACACUGUGGUGCCCAUCUCCCUCUACGUAAGCGUGGAGUUCAUCCGCUUGGGCAACAGCUUCUACAUAGACUGGGACAGGAAGAUGUACCAUGCCCGCAGCGACACCCCUGCCGAAGCCAGGACCACCACGCUGAACGAGGAGCUGGGCCAGAUCAAGUACAUCUUCUCAGACAAGACCGGCACGCUCACCCAGAACAUCAUGACCUUCAACAAGUGCUCCAUCCACGGCAAGAGUUACGGUGAUGUGUUUGACUAUACUGGUCAGACAAUCGAGAUCAACGAGCACACAGAGACGGUCGACUUCUCCUUCAACCGGCUGGCUGACCCCCGGUUCUGCUUCCACGACCACGCCCUGGUGGAGGCUGUGAAGCUGGGCAGCCCCGAGGUCCACACCUUCUUCCGGCUGCUCGCCCUCUGCCACACCGUCAUGGCCGAGGAGAAGAGUGAAGGUGAGCUGUUCUAUCAGGCCCAGUCCCCAGAUGAGGGAGCGUUGGUGACAGCAGCUAGAAACUUUGGCUUUGUGUUUCGCUCGCGCACGCCAGAGAGUGUCACCAUCGUGGAGAUGGGCCAACAAGCCAGCUACGAGCUCCUGUCCAUCCUGGACUUUAACAAUGUCCGCAAGAGGAUGUCCGUCAUUGUGCGGAGUCCGGAGGGGAAGCUGUCUCUCUACUGUAAAGGAGCAGACACCAUCAUCUAUGAGAGACUGCACCACUCCUGCAGCAAGCUAAAAGAUGUCACGACAGAACACCUCAAUGAAUUUGCAAACGAGGGCCUGCGCACCUUGGCCCUGGCCUAUAAAGACUUGGAGGAGGACUAUUUCAGCCAGUGGAAACAGCGCCACCAUGAGGCCAGUACCUCUCUGGAGGACAGGGAGGAGAAACUAGACCUCCUGUAUGAGGAGAUUGAAAAAGACCUGCUGUUACUGGGAGCGACAGCCAUCGAGGAUAAAUUGCAGGAUGGAGUACCUCAGACCAUUGAGCUACUCUCAAAGGCUGACAUCAAGAUCUGGGUGCUAACUGGUGACAAGCAAGAGACAGCGGAGAACAUCGGCUACUCGUGCAACAUGCUGCGGGAGGAGAUGAACGAGGUGUUCGUCAUGUCAGCUAACAAUCCAGAAGAUGUCAGACAAGAACUAAGGGAUGCGAGGACCACUAUGAAGCCAGAAGCUGAUGAACUGAUCUGCAUGCCAGAGAGGACUCUGGGUAAAGGUCGUCAGGUGGUCGUGGACGAGGAAGUGUCCGGAGAGUACGGCCUGGUCAUAAAUGGACACAGUCUGGCGUACGCUCUGGAGCGGAGCAUGGAGCUGGAGUUCCUGAGGACGGCCUGCAUGUGUAAGACGGUCAUCUGCUGCCGGGUCACCCCCCUGCAGAAAGCCCAGGUGGUGGAGCUGGUGAAGAAGUACAAGCGGGCCGUCACCCUGGCCAUUGGGGACGGGGCCAACGACGUCAGCAUGAUCAAGGCCGCUCAUAUCGGCGUGGGCAUCAGCGGGCAGGAGGGCAUGCAGGCGGUGCUGUCCAGCGACUACUCCUUCGCCCAGUUCCGCUUCCUGCAGCGCCUCCUGCUGGUGCACGGACGCUGGUCCUACCUGCGCAUGUGCAAGUUCCUGCGCUACUUCUUCUACAAGAACUUCACCUUCACCUUCGUCCACUUCUGGUUCGCCUUCUUCUGCGGCUUCUCGGCCCAGACCGUGUACGAUGAGUGGUUCAUCACCCUGUAUAACCUGGUGUACACAGCCCUGCCUGUGCUAGGAAUGAGCCUGUUUGAUCAGGAUGUCGACGAUGCCUGGAGUCUCCAGUACCCCGGGCUCUACAUGCCCGGACAGCUAAACCUGUACUUCAGUAAGACGGCCUUCUUCAAGUGCGCCCUGCACAGUGUCUACAGCUCUGUGGUGCUCUUCUUCAUCCCCUACGCCGCCAUGCACGACACGGUCCGGGAGGACGGCAAGGACAUCGCAGACUACCAGUCCUUCGCUCUGCUGGCCCAGACCUGCCUGCUGCUCACGGUCGGCAUCCAGUUAGGCCUGGACAUGUCUUACUGGACGGCGGUCAACCAGAUCUUUGUAUGGGGGAGUCUGACAAUGUAUUUUGCUGUCACGUUUGCCAUGUACAGCGAUGGAAUGUACCAGAUCUCCCCUUCCUCCUUCCCAUUCAUUGGCACAGCCAGGAACUCUCUAAACCAGCCCAAUGUGUGGCUCACCGUCCUCCUCACCGCCAUACUGUGUAUACUUCCUGUGGUGGCAUACCGCUUCCUGUUGAUCCAAAUCUGCCCCAGCAUCAACGAUAAGGUGACGUUCAAGGUCAGGCAGGCCAAGACGGCGCCGCCCCCGCAGGCGCGCCGCGUCCGCAUCCGCAGCUCCAGCUCCCGGCGGUCGGGCUACGCCUUCUCCCACGCGCAGGGCUACGGCGCCCUGGUGACCUCGGGACGUUUCCUGCGGCGGCCGGCCACGGCACGCUCCAGCGGGUUCACGCCGACAGGCCGGAGCACGGGCUUCAGUCCCAUGGGCAGGUCGGCCGGGUACAGCCCCACCGGCCGGCCGCAGAACUCCAAGGUGGAUGGCGUGGAGGUGACGUCUCUACAGAUGUACCGCCAGACCCAUGACCUGGACCUGGCCCUGUAAAGAAACUCCUGGGGAACCGUCGACGCUGUUUUCCUUUUAAGAGACAAUCGAGGAGAGAGGACUGCGAUAAAUAAACACCCAAUGUGCCUAUCAAAUACAUCUUGACCGGUUUGGGGAGGGGGGGAUUAUAGCUGUUAAGAUGAAACACUAUUCACGAAGGAAGAGUAAGUGUUGUUUUGUUUACAGCGCUUAACCAUUCCUGGACCUUACAAGGUAUUUCUGGUCAACUGAUUAGUAUUGAUAAUUAUACUUGAUUAUACGUGAUAUAAUAAUUGAUCAUUAACCUGCAUACUACAUAAACCAUACCAGACUACAAAGUGUGUCAAGUAGUUUAAAUUCCUUCAUAUUUCCCGUCGUAACAUUGUGUAUCGGGAUAAUAAGACCCACUUCCCAAAUUCAUCCAUUGUUGUUUUGUUUUAAGUUGAAGUGUUGAAUAAAACUGGGUUCUUUCAAGUGAUGGCAACCUGCUAUUCACCAGACGGUCAGUCAACAACCUUACUGUUGACACCUGGACGAAAAGCUUUGCGGUUCAAUCCCCACUGGCAUUUCAGUAAACAGACAUGAAAAGUUACUGUAGGAGAUGGAUGAAACAUUAUACCUUCUGUAGCUUUUUUGGAAUGUAUUUUUUAUUUUUUUGGGUCAUAAGGGAGUCAGGUGGCUGAGCGGUGAGGGAAUCGGGCUAGUAAUCCGAAGGUUGCCAGUUCGAUUCCCGGUCAUGCCAACUGACGUUGUGUCCUUGGGCAAGGCACUUCACCCUACUUGCCUCGGGGGAAUGUCCCUGUACUUACUGUAAGUCGCUCUGGAUAAGAGCGUCUGCUAAAUGACUAAAUGUAAAUGUCAUAAGAGGGAGUUAACUGUGGACGGUUUAACCGUUUUCUAUAUGCUGACCAGACAACAUACCAAAGUGUUCUACUUAGUGCCUCGGGUCUUUCCUUGUACUAUUUCUUUUUUAUGUUUCUUUUUUCUUUUCUUUACUGCAUUUAAGUUCACAAUUUGAAACGUGUGUUUAUUUUUGGUUGUUAUCAGUUUUAUUAGUCUUUAUCAAAGACUUAUAAAAUAUUUUGUGGAGAACAUUUGCUUUCAGUUUGUGUAAAAUGCAUCCCAUGACAGGGGGAUCCAGUGGAAACCUGUUUUUAAACUUAUGAACAGAAACAUGCAUGCUUCAGGUCGAAAUGUUGCAAUGACGAGCAACUAACCAUCCAUAAAAAAAGAAAUGCAUAAAGGUAAUAGCAUGCUUAUCCAAUGACCUACCGAGGACCCUCUUACCUUUCAUGUAGAAUUAAAAUCUUUAAAGACAUCACAAUGUGUAUGUCAGGGUUCCUGCAGGUUUCAGUAAGUCAAAUUUAAGACCUUAAGACAUUUUAAGACCAGAAAGAUGGACAUUUAAGAUCUACACAACGCAUUACCAAAAGAAUAUUCAAAUAAAAAAAAUCUGAAAAAAUAUUUGUAUUUCAAUGAAUUCAGUCAUUGAAAAAGCAUAAAUUUAAUUUACAGAUAAAGCAAUCACAUUAGUAACCUAAUUUCAUUUCAUUCAGCACUAAGUACUAGGGGUGGGGGGGGGGGGGGGGA